CGGAGGUAGUUAGAGAGCCGGUGAUUGCCUCAUCAGGUGUGAAGCGUGUGCUUCAGGGAGGUGGUGGGCCUGACUCCCGCGAGAGGGAGGGAAGAAGUUGUAACCACUCCUUUGAGGGGGGUCCUCGAGGUCGCUGUCGUGGGUUUGUGCAGUCGGCUGGGCGGCGCCAUGGCGGAAAGAAAAGGAACAACCAAAGUGGAUUUUUUGAAGAAGAUUGAGAAAGAAAUCCAACAAAAAUGGGAUACCGAGAAAGUGUUUGAGGUCAAUGCAUCUGAUUUAGAGAAGCAGACUAGCAAGGACAAGUACUUUGUAACCUUCCCAUAUCCGUAUAUGAAUGGGCGCCUUCACUUGGGACACACGUUUUCUUUAUCUAAAUGUGAGUUUGCAGUAGGGUACCAGAGACUGAAAGGAAAAACUUGUCUGUAUCCCUUCGGUUUACACUGUACUGGAAUGCCUAUUAAGGCAUGUGCUGAUAAAUUGAAAAGAGAAAUAGAGCUUUAUGGCUGCCCCCCAGAUUUUCCAGAUGAAGAAGAGGAAGAGGAAGAAAUCAAUGCUAAAACAGAAGAUAUAAUACUUAAGGAUAAAGCUAAAGGAAAAAAGAGUAAAGCUUCUGCUAAAACUGGAUCUUCGAAAUACCAGUGGGACAUUAUGAAAUCCCUUGGUCUGUCUGAUGAAGAGAUCGUCAAAUUUUCUGAAGCAGAACAUUGGCUCGAGUAUUUCCCACCGCUGGCUAUCCAGGAUCUGAAGAGAAUGGGUUUGAAGGUAGACUGGCGGCGUUCCUUCAUCACGACUGACGUUAAUCCUUACUACGAUUCAUUUGUUAGGUGGCAGUUUUUAACAUUAAGAGAAAGAAACAAAAUUAAAUUUGGGAAACGGUACACUAUUUAUUCUCCAAAAGAUGGACAGCCUUGUAUGGAUCAUGACAGACAAACUGGAGAGGGUGUUGGACCUCAGGAAUAUACCUUAAUCAAGUUGAAAGUGCUUGAGCCAUACCCAUGCAAAUUAAGUGGCUUGAAAGGGAAAAAUGUCUUCUUGGUAGCUGCCACUCUCAGACCUGAGACUAUGUUUGGACAGACGAACUGUUGGGUUCACCCUGAGAUUAAGUACAUUGGAUUUGAGACAGUGAAUGGUGAUAUCUUCAUCUGCACCCCAAGAGCUGCGAGGAAUAUGUCCUAUCAGGGCUUCACCAAGGACAACGGGGUGGUGCCUGUCGUUAAGGAGUUGAUGGGAGAGGAAAUUCUUGGGGCAUCACUUUCUGCACCUUUAACGUCUUAUAAGGUGAUCUAUGUUCUCCCAAUGCUCACUAUCAAGGAGGAUAAAGGGACUGGUGUGGUCACGAGUGUUCCUUCUGACUCCCCUGAUGAUUUCGCUGCCUUCAGAGACUUGAAGAAAAAGCAGGCUUUGCGAGCAAAGUAUGGAAUUAGAGAUGAUAUGGUCUUGCCAUUCGAGCCUGUGCCAAUCAUUGAAAUCCCAGGUUUUGGAAAGCUUUCUGCUGUAACUCUGUGUGAUGAGUUGAAAGUUCAGAGCCAAAAUGACCGAGAAAAACUUGCAGAAGCAAAGGAGAAAUUAUACCUAAAGGGGUUUUAUGAUGGUAUAAUGUUGGUGGAUGGAUUUGAAGGACAGAAGGUCCAAGAUGUAAAGAAGAGUAUUCGAAAUAGGAUGAUUGACACUGGAGAUGCAUAUGCUUACAUGGAACCAGAGAAACAAGUUAUGUCCAGGUCUUCGGAUGAAUGUGUCGUGGCCCUGUGUGACCAGUGGUACUUGGAUUAUGGAGAAGAGAAGUGGAAGGAACAGACAUGCCAGUGCUUGAAGAACCUCGAAACGUUCUGCGAGGAGACCAGGAGGAAUUUUGAAGCGACCUUGGACUGGCUACAAGAGCAUGCUUGCUCAAGAACUUAUGGUCUCGGUACUCGUCUCCCGUGGGAUGAGCAGUGGCUGAUUGAAUCACUUUCUGACUCCACUAUUUACAUGGCAUUUUACACAGCUGCACACCUGUUGCAGGGAGGUGACAUACGUGGACAGGCAGAGUCUCCGCUGGGCAUCAGACCACAGCAGAUGACUAAGGAGGUUUGGGAUUAUAUUUUCUUCAAGGAGGCUCCAUUUCCUAAGACUCAGAUCCCAAAGGAAAAAUUAGAUCAGUUAAAGCAGGAAUUUGAGUUCUGGUAUCCUGUGGAUCUUCGCGUCUCUGGCAAGGAUCUUAUUCCAAAUCAUCUUUCAUAUUUCCUUUAUAAUCAUGUGGCAAUGUGGCCAGAGGAAAGUGACAAGUGGCCUGUAGCUGUGAGGGCAAAUGGACAUCUCCUCCUCAACUCUGAGAAGAUGUCAAAAUCUACAGGCAACUUCCUCACUUUGACCGAAGCUCUUGACAAAUACUCAGCUGAUGGUAUGCGCUUGGCUCUGGCUGAUGCUGGUGACACUGUUGAAGAUGCUAACUUCGUGGAAGCCAUGGCAGAUGCAGGUGUUCUCCGUCUGUACACCUGGGUAGAAUGGGUGAAAGAAAUGGUUGCCAACUGGGAUAGCCUAAGAAGUGGUCCUGCCAACACCUUCAAUGAUAGAGUUUUUGCCAGUGAAAUGAAUGCAGGAAUUAUAAAAACAGAUCAAAACUGAAAGAUGAUGUUUAAAGAAGCUUUGAAAACAGGGUUUUUUGAGUUUCAGGCUGCGAAGGAUAAGUAUCGUGAGUUGGCCAUAGAAGGGAUGCACCGAGAUCUCGUGUUCCGGUUUAUUGAGGUUCAGACACUCCUCUUGGCUCCAUUCUGUCCACAUUUGUGUGAGCACAUCUGGACCCUCCUGGGAAAGCCUGACUCAAUUAUGAAUGCUUCAUGGCCUGUAGCAGGCCCUGUGGAUGAAAGCUUGAUACGUUCCUCACAGUAUCUCAUGGAAGUAGCACAUGACCUUAGACUGAGACUCAAGAACUAUAUGACGCCAGCUAAAGGGAAGAAGCCUGACAAGCAGCCCCCUCAGAAGCCCUCACAUUGCACCAUCUACGUGGCAAAGGACUAUCCUUCUUGGCAGCACGUCACUCUGUCAGUUCUACGGAGUCACUUUGAGACCAGUAGCGGAAAAUUGCCUGAUAACAAAGUGAUUGCUAGUGAACUAGGCAAUUUGCCAGAAUUGAAGAAAUACAUGAAGAAAGUGAUGCCGUUUGUCGCCAUGAUUAAGGAAAAUCUGGAGAAGACAGGCCCUCGUGUUCUGGAUUUGCAAUUAGAAUUUGAUGAACAGGCAGUACUCAUGGAGAAUAUAGUCUAUCUGACCAAUUCCCUUGAGCUAGAACGUAUAGAAGUCAAGUUUGCCUCUGAAGCAGAAGAUAAAGUCAGGGAAGACUGCUGUCCUGGGAAGCCACUUAAUGUUUUUAGAACAGAACCUGGUGUGUUAGUUUCUCUAGUAAAUCCUCAGCCAUUUAGUGGCCACUUCUCAGCCAAAAUUGAAAUCCGGCAAGGAGAUAAUCGUGAUUCUGUAAUCAGGCGUUUAAUGAAAGUGGACCGAGGAAUCAAAGACCUUUCCAAAGUAAAACUGAUGAGAUUUGAUGAUCCGCUCCUGGGGCCUCGGCGAGUUCCUGUGCUGGGAAAAGAGCACACUGAGAAGACCCCCAUUUCUGAGCAGGCUGUUUUCCACGUGGACCUUACGAGCAAAAAAGUUCAUCUUACUGAAAAUGGGCUACGGGCAGAUAUUGGUGAUACAAUGAUCUAUCUGGUUCAUUAAACUCACGCACAUGGAGAUUUUUCCUGUUUUCUGGGGAUAUUACUGCUCUGAUUGUACCUAUAGAUUGGCUACGAGAACCUUAGGCUGGACCAAAAGAGAUUUCAUUUCUAACUACCAAAUUCUGCAUGUAAUCAUAAUUAUACAUGUCAUCUUGAAUUCCUGGACCUAAUAAAUUUUUUUCAUUCUUGAGGCCUCAAAGGGAAA